UUCCUUUUCAAUUUCUAAUGUUCAUUCUAUAAAAUUGAUUUAUUAUUAUUAUUAAAGUUGGAUCUGAAGCAGUACAUGGGCAUUAUGACUAAACUACGCCCGACGCCACUGUAAAAUUGAUUUAUAGGGUUUGUGUUCCGGGUGGACGAAGCUUAGAAGAGUGUGCUCAAUUAUGGAGAAUAUAAGCGAGGAUUGAUUGGGAGAGAUAUUGGGUAGAAUAGCAGACAAAGAUGCAGUGAGAUGCAAGAGUGUAUGCAAGUCAUGGCACCGCAUAAUUUCAAAAGAAUAUUUCUUGCUGAGGUUUUGGCCAAAAUCCCCUGUUGCUGGUUUCUACAUCCGAACUCUGAAGCCUGCAGAUAAGGGACCAUUUAAUUGGACCUUGGAUAGAUGGGGAUAUAUCAACCAUCUUAUUAGAUCUGCUGAUUUUCACAAUACAAAUUUUGUGUCUUUCGGAACAGGGCAGUGGAAUCGACAAUUAUAUGAUGAUGAUGGUGAUGGCGAUGAUUUUCUGCUACUAGACUGUUGCAAUGGCUUACAGCUUCUAUUCAAUUCAAGUCUUUCACAGUAUAUGGUUUACAAUCCCACCACAAAACAACAAUCAUACAUUACUAAAGCGCGUGCCCAUCUGGAAAAAUCUCAUUUUUUGGCAGCUUUAGCUUUUGAUCCCACCGAAUCUCUUCAUUACAGAGUUGUUCGGUUGAGUGAUCCCCAACCCAUCAGCGAUUAUAAGCUUGACUUAAAUAAUAUACCACUUCACGCCAGCGAUGUUCGGCCUAUGAUCGAAAAUCUUGACCACAUUGGACCUAACGCCUCGGUUGUUCUGGACUUGUUCUGUUCCGAAACAACACGGUGGGUUCGAUAUCGUCUACAAUUGGGUGACGUUUUUACAUCGACCUCCAUAAUGUUUUGGAGACAUUUCACUUACUUGGGAGGAGUAUUGUAUUGGAUGGUAAGCUCAUCAAAAAUUUUAUGCAUUGACCUCAAUAAUGUCGUUCCUCAUACUCAAACUCCAACUCAGAUUGACCUCCCCAGUCGUAAAAUAGAAGCAGACGUCAGUGUACCUGGAAUUGAUCCUCUGCGCUUAACUACUGACCGCUCUGAUAUGUGUCCGGUUGGAUGUUUUGGGGUGUCAAUGAACCAUCUUUAUUAUUGUAGACGUGAAUCGGGUGCUUUCUGUGUUUGGUUUUAUAACGAUGAUAAUGAGUAUGGUGGUGAAUGGGUUGUGAAAUUUCGUGUUUCCAUCCGUAGUGUGGUACUUUUUCUUCGUGUUAGACUAAAAUGUUGGUUUACUGAUGUAUUAUGGAUUGAACCAAUUGCUCUCAGUCCAAAUGCUGAUAUCUUAUUCAUUGGAACUAAUGAAUCCAUCUUAAGCUACCACUUUGAAACCAAACAACUCCAAUUUGUGUACGGAAGACAACCGCUAGCAUGGAAUACUGAUACUGCUGUUGCUACUUGUUUCUUCCCUUUCUUUCUGCUACGCCCUUGCUUAGUACAAUUUUGCAAGUUGGAUGAUGAUGAUGAUGAUGAUGAGGUGACUACUGCCUCCACUAACAAAGCUUCUGACGGUGGUGAGAUUUUAAGUACCGAUACUCCAUGAUUUACUCAGAUAAAUGCUGAAGAUCAAGUGAAUAACCAAGCUGCUCGAUAAGAAGACAAUCAAAGUAUGGAAAAGGUUGUUAAUUUAUUUAUGAGGUUGCUGCUACUGCUAGCACUACUUCUUGUCAUGUGCAAAUUGCUAUAAAAUAUAGCAAUAAAAAUAUAUUUGUACUUCAUUUCCAAUAAAUAAGAAGACAUUCAUAUCAAUUGCUUA